AUGAAUCUGAUCUCUUCGAACAUCACCUUGACCUUCACGGUGUACGGACCUCCAGGCCCCCUGAGUUACAUGCUCGCCACUUUGCUCUUUCUGAUCUACCUUUUCUCAAUAUGUGCGAAUAUGUUUCUCGCCCUGGUUAUCUACUUGGAAUCCAGUCUCCACAAGCCCAUGUACGUGUUUCUCUUCAACUUGGCAGUGAACGGCGUCAUUGGGAGUUCUAGUGUUUGCCCAAAGAUCAUGGUCCAUCUGUUUUCAGGUGUCCAGGAAAGCUCCUACUAUGGGUGUCUGAUUCAGGUGUUCUUCGUCAACUUCUACGGAAUAUCUGCCUACGUGAUUUUAGCAGUAAUGGCUUACGACCGUUAUGUCUCCAUAUGCAAGCCGUUGCUCUAUCAUGCCAUAAUGACUCCUGCCAAGGUAAAACAGCUACUGCUCGUCACAUAUUCCUUUCCCAUCUUCUCUUUAUCAGCCCAAGUGUACUUGACGUCAAGGCUUCCGUUAUGUAGACAUACCAUUACCAAGCUGUUUUGUGACAAUCUCGCAAUUGUCAAUCUGUCCUGUGUGAAAAGUAACCUGGACAACAUUUUUGGAAUAUUUAUAGUUCUGAGUCUUGCUGUGCUUCCUCUGAUUUGUGUGGUGAUCUCCUACAUACAGAUACUGAAGGUCAGCUGGAAGACCUCCAGAGACGCCCAGCAGAAAGCGUUAAGCACUUGUACUCCUCAUUUAGCCGUGUUUAUAAAUUUCUCGUUAGCAACACUCUUCUCCGUCAUUUAUAAUCGCGCCAGUAUGUACAUUUCAAGUGAGGUCAACAUAUUCAUGUCCCUGCAUUUCAUCCUGAUUCCCCCUGUUCUGCACCCAGUAAUAUACGGGAUCAGAACAAAAGAGAUCAGGCGGUGCAUCAUGAAAAUACUGAGAAGGAGGAAUCUUUUUACAGUCUUGGUAGAUACUGUUGAAGUUAAAUCCACAUUUGCAUGCUGA